UGGCAGGGCCACUCAACCACCCCUGGGGCAGCUCAGGGUGCCGCUCAGGGGCCUGGGGUGCGGCGAAGGCCUUGGGAGGGCUCCUGAGCGGCGCGGUGCUGGAAGAGCUGUUGAGUGGGGCAAAGCUCUUUCUGGUCAGUGGGAGAAAGAGAAAAGAUGACAAAAACCAUGGUUUCUGUUAAGCUUGAGCAAACGUUAUGCAUUUAAUGUGACUGAGGGGCUCAGAGGCCAGACUAUGCAGUGUGGGGACAGGAAAGGGAUGUCCUGGGGACACGCAGGGGUGUCUGAACAUGGGGCUCCUUGGGAUGUCCCGAGGAGACAUGAGAGCAAAGUGGGGUCUGGAGACAUUCUGACGGCAACUGAGUGCCAAGGGCUGAGGCAGGUCUGUGUCCCCAGGGACACCCUGCCUGUUCCAGCCUGCGUGGUGCCUCCCUGGGACCCGUUGCUGGGGGCAGGUGCCAUGUCAACAAGCCCUGGGACCUGUGGCUAGCGGCCGGUAGCAGGUCACAGAGGGGCCCUUUGUGACACCCACUGCAGCAGGUGUGCUCAGCACGACCGUGGCCGACAGUGGGUCAGUGUCCGUCAGGACGGCGACUGGAUAGGAGAGGAGUGCAGCGCUGGCGAGAAGCCCCCGACUGCAGUCCACAUCUUGUCCACGACCCCAGGUGGCCCCGUGCGAACGCGGAGUUUUGCUGAGGCAUUUUGCCAAAGCGUUUUUGCCUGAGGCAUUUGGGCCGAGGCCUUUUGGCCGAGGCGCUUUGCCUGAGGUGUUUUGCCUCGGCCUUUGGGCUGAGGCGCUUUGCUGAGGCCUUUUGGCUGAGGCACUUUGCCUCGGCCUUUUGGCUGAGGCCUUUUGCUGAGGCCUUUUGCCUGAGGCCCUUUGCCUGAGGUGAUUUGGCCGCGGCAUUUUUUCUGAGGGUGUUCGACUCCACCAUUCGGACGCCCUCCGUAGGCAGGCUCCCCUGUGUUCUUUAAUUCACAGGAUGGAGAGGAGACCCCCCGCCUGCCCCAGGCAGGCCUGGAUGGAAGACAGCUCUUCCCAGGAGAGCCGCUCUCCAGGUCUGCAGCUUCCGUCCUCCUACGAGGUGACCACCAUGCAGCCCCUCAAGCUCGACACCAGCUGGUUGCCCAUCUACAAGGAGGAGCAGGAAGCUGUCGAUGCCAUCCUGGCCUUUGUCACCAGCCCCAACAAGGAGGAGAGAGACAAGGCCACAUUUCUCCGGAGCAUCUCUGUGCUGUGCAGAAGCGCCUUGAGCCACGGCCUGACCCAGGGCCUGGAUCUGCUUUGUGACACGUACCAGCUGGCAGAGAACAUCAAGGCGCUGCUGGAAGAAGAGCCAAGGGACCAGCUGUGCACAGACCUCCGGCAUCUUUCCAUGCUGGCUCUGGAGAAAUUGAGCUUGGUGGACACAGCGCUGGAGGGCAAAGCCAAAAGCCUCCUCCGCGCGUGCUUCUCGAGUGUCUUCUGGCUGCCUGCAGAGAAGGAAAUGCCAAAAGGGGACCUUGCCCUCUACAUCAAGACCCUGAACUCCAUGGACAGCAUGCUGAGGACAAUGGUGCUCAGCUUUCCUGCCUCUCGAGUCAGCGAGGAGCUGCAGGGCAUCUUGGAGCUGCUGCUGGACUUUACCGGAUCCGAGAGAGAGGCUGUGAGGGAGAGGGCCAUGGCAAGGAUCGAUGUGCUGACCUGCGUGCUGUCGGACUAUUCCACUCUGCAGGCCCAUGCCAACGACAGAAGAGGCACUGCUGGACCUGUCUGCUCUGGGGAGAUCCAGCUCCCGCUCCUAGGAAAGCUGCUGGGACGGCUCAUCCUUUUCCGGUUCUCUGAGGAGCCGACAUGCUAUGCAGCUUUCCACGCUCUUUUUGCCCUGGCUGAGUUCAUCUUCGAAUCCAGGCUAAAGGACAGAGCAGACCAAGUCCACUGGGAAGCCGUGACCACCUCCGCGCUGUGUUCUCUGAGCGCCAGGGACUGUGCCAAGGCCUUUGGAAAAUACCUGCAGUCCCACGAGAGGACAGACAUCAUCCUCGUGGCCCUCGAGGCGUUGGGAGAUGCCAGCGUCCUCGACCAGCAGGUGCCCAGCAGCCUGCUGGAUGUGGCCUUGGAAGACCCGGACGUCUGGCUGACGGACGGGCCCAAGAUCGUCAGCAGCAUCCUUGAGAGCCUGCCAUACUGCAGCACACAGGCAGCGUGGGAGAGAGCGGAGUCACUGCUUCGCCUGAUGACCAACCUGUACCCCACCACAGUGGUCAUCCUCCUGUGCAAGGCGGCUCUUCAAGGAGACAGCACUGCGCCGGAGCUGUGGGAGCUGAUGUCCUCCAUGCCGGAGACGCUGGCCAAGAUCUUGGAGGGCUUUGCCAACCUGCUGUGCACACAGUGCUUCCGCUGCUCCGCAGAAGGCCCCCGCACCCAGCCCAUGGCUUCGUCCUCCAGGAAGGCUGAGUCGGAGGAGUUGGCUGACGAGCCCGACCUCGAGAGCCAUCAGGGCUGUCCAAACGUCAGGACGGCCGGGCUGCUGCUGGAAGGGCUCGUCGGGCUGUCACAGAGAGCCGAGAUGGCCAGAAACAUCGAACUCUUCCUGCCGGGCAUGAUAAAGAUCCUCCAAGUUGGCAGCGAAGAUGCCCAGAUGAAGAUCCUGCUGGCCUUGCGAAACGUUCUGUGUCAGCUGAAGAAGAGCAAGGCCAGCUUCAUCGCUGUGCAACUUGUGGGGAGGCUGCUGCCCCUCUUUGACUCGGAGUGCAGCGAGCUGCGAGAGCUGUCCAUCCGCAUGCUCGCAGAGCUGCUGCAGUUCGUGGUCGGCAGGGAUGAGAAGAGGAUGAGGAAGGAGGUGUGGCGAGCACUGGUGCCUCUCCUCUUUCGUAUGAGCGACCAGGUCCCCAGCGUGGCCGAGGCCUCCAGGGAAGCCCUUCUUUCUGCCGCCGAGCUGCUGAAGUGGAAGACGCUCAAGCACCUGCUGCAGAGAGAGCGGCUGUGGGAGCUUGGAGCGUGCUUGCUUCAGAACAGCAGGAGCAGGGCUGAAGAUUUCAUCCACCAGAGCCUGCCCUACCUGCAGGACCCUCAGGCCAACGUGCGCCUGGCAGCCGUCAGGUUCAUCGGACUCAUCACACGGCGCCUGAGGGAGCAGACCACGGAGAGUCAGGCUGACAUCCUGAGCGCACUUCAGCCCUUGGAAAAAGACUGGGACAUCUCUGUCAGCUCCCUGGCAGCUCGGACAACCUCCGUUCUAAGGAGUCCUUGGGUGCAGCAACGACCAAGAGGCUUCCUACGAGCACUGCGCUGCUGCUGGCCGUGAGCCCGGCAGAGGUGCAGCUUGCCUUGGCUAAAGGACUGGGGCUGAAUAAAGCUGCAACAACGUGCCCAAA